AUGUGUAACGCUGAUGCACAAGCCUACAACGAAAUCUAUCAUCUGUUUAUGUUGGCAAUCCAACUACCGAGUGCAAACAACCGUAGACCACAAGAAGAUUAUGGCACUUUGCCAACCGGAUAUUUUUUCUUUGUAGAAAUGCUAGUGAUUUGGCAGCUUGCCAAACUUGUAGCUAUUUACAGCGGCGGCCAUGGUAUUAGCACCGGUGACUUGCAUGGAAGGAGUAGUGAAGUGCUUUCGUUAGAGCAACUGUUUGAAUUUGAAACGGUUCAAAAAUGCAGUGGUGAGAAUAAAAAGGCUUUUCAAAUGAAUCGGUAUCAAGUCGCUGUCAGAAGCCAACAGGCGGCUGGCUGCUAAGUGCGUCAGCAUGUUUUCGGAACAACAAGUUGCCAAGACGCCAGAGUCAAUUUAGCGGAUGCAGGGAUCAGCAAUCCGUGCAAGUUUGCCAGUACUUCAAGA